AUGACAAAAGAAGUUUCGCCUCUAGAAUUCAAAUAAGAGAAGAUUACUAGUUUUGAGGACUUUAAGUAAUCUUAUAUAAAAUAAGGUAAAUGGUAUUUGAAAACAAUCUUUAGAUGGAUUAUUAUAUUAAGGACACUAGAGAGAAGAGACAAAGCUAAUGGCAAAGGAAGAAUGAUUUAUAUUGAUGUAUAUUAUUUAAAUUAGUUUAAUGUUAUUUUUUAGAUCAUGAAACAGAAAAUAUGUGCAUAGUGA